AUGCGAAGCGCAUCGCCAACGUCCAGCUGUGAGGCUUGUGUUCUGUUCACCCAGGCAGAACAAGUUGGUGCUGAAGCGGAUCAGUACCUUAUUGGUCGAGGGCUGCCCGACUUAAAGCAGGCGGUAACUGAUCAGUGGACCUACAAAGGAUCCUCCUACUGUCAGAAGUGGCCCCUGGCGCCCGCACUUACGCCUAUUGGUGCCGACUUAAAACCGGUAACUGCCACUCCCCGUGUUGUUUUCCACCUUGAAGGCAGAACCCAUGUCACCCUCUCCUCCUCCCCGGCAGGACCCACAGGAAUGACGAGUCAAUACGUGUGGUGCCGGCUCGGCCGCAGGUGCCUGGCUCACGCC